AACAGUAAGACAGCAUGGCUAGCAAACAGUCUCUCACUUUACAAAUCUGCUGGUAAUUACCUUUUCUGGACUUUGUCUUAUCUUUCCAGAUACAAACACAUGGAUUUUGUAUACACUGCUGGACACUUGAUACUGUUUUUAAUGAUCCAUGUGACAUUAUUAUAAAGAUGGCAUUUAUUGUUGAAGACUGAAGAAACAUUCAGAGUCAAACAUGAAGAAACUGAGGAACAAACAAAAUGGCGUUAAAAAAAGAGAGUGAAGACGUGAAGAUUCAAGAAACAUUCAGAGUCGAACGUGAAGAAACCGAGAAACAAACAAAAAUGGCGUUUAUUAAAGAGGAGAGUGGAGACAUGAAGAUUGGAGAAAUGUUCCGUUUUAAACAUGAAGAUGCUGAGGAACAAACAGACCUGACAAUGCUAAAAGAGGAGAGUCAAGAACCCAACAAAGAAGAUAACAUUCAUUCUGAAAAGACACGCAAAAGAACUCAAAAGACAGCAAACAGAAGAUAUCUCACCUGCAAACAGUGUGGAAAGAGUUUCAACAGAAAAGGAGACUUUGAAGUCCACUUGAGAGUUCACACUGGAGAAAAACCUUUUAGCUGCCAACAGUGUGGAAAGAGUUUCAUUCAAAAAGCGCACCUUAAAUACCACACGAGAGUUCACACUGGAGAGAAACCCUUCACCUGCCAACAGUGUGGAAAGAGUUUUACUAAACCAGGAAACCUUAAAGAGCACAUGAGAAUUCAUUCUGGAGAGAAGCCUUAUGCCUGUGAGCUGUGUGGAAAGAGUUUUAUUCAAAAAGUGCACCUUAAAAACCACAUGACAAUUCACAGUAAAGAGAAGCCUUACAUGUGCCCUCAGUGUGGAAAAAGUUUUAAACAUAAACAACACCUCGUUGUCCACAUAAGGAUUCACACCGGAGAGAAACUUUUCACCUGCCAACAGUGUGGAAAGAACUUCACUAAACAAGGAAACUUUAAAGACCACAUGAGAGUUCACACCGGAGAGAAGCCUUUCACCUGCAAACAGUGUGGAAAGGGUUUUACUAAAAAAGGAAACCUUAAAGACCACACGAGAAUACAUUCGGGAGAGAAGCCUUACUCCUGCUCGCAAUGCGGAAAAAGUUUUGCACAUAAACAACACCUCGAUGCCCACAUAAGGAUUCACACUGGAGAGAAACCUUUCACCUGCCAACAGUGUGGAAAGAGUUUCACUGAAAAAGGACACCUUAAGAAACACAUGAAGAUUCACACGUGAGAGAAGAAGUUUACAGGUUGGAUUGGGGCAGAUGCACAUGUUCAUGUUUCUCCAGAAUAUUUGAAUGGGUUAAAUCCCAGGCUAUGGUUGGACCAGUCUUGUUAUGUUCUUGGAUUCAUCAUCCUGUUGGAGGGGAACCUUCUGCCCAGUUUCUGAAUGCUCUGCACUGAGUUUUCAUUAAGGAUAUCUCUACAUUUUGAUUUAUUGAGUUUUAUUCUACUCUGAUGAGUCCCUCCAUCCUUGUUGCUGAAAAACAGCACAAGACAUCACACUUUACUUUUUGGAUGGUACUCUCCAUGUGAUAAGCAGAGCUGGUUUCCUUAAAACAUAAUGCUCUGAGUUGUACCACUGUAAUGGUAACUGGACAAUCUUCAAAUCAGCUGUAGGCAAGACAUGAGAAUUCUGGGCUGGUGUAGAGGUUGAAAAAAAACAGAUCAAUAUGAUUAUCUAAAAAGUAAUGCAAUUAGUGUUUUAUAGUGUUGCACUUGCCUAUAAAAAGGAAAAAAAAGGAAAAAAAAAUCAAUGAUUUGAGUGCAUCCUUUGGAGUAUCCAGUAGGGAGAGAUGUGCUGUGUUGCGUGUCAUUAACAAUACAGAUUGACACAGAGACAGCAGCACGAGUCUUUGCCUUUUACUUAUUUAUGAACAUUUCUCAUUUUCAGGUAACAAAUGUGUCAUAAUGGUUUUCAUUAUAAGUUAAAACAAAAUAGUAGUCAUGAGACUACUUACUUCUGUGAAUAUGUUUUAGAAUGAUGUUGUUAAAUCGAACAAAGAUCGUAACGUAACUUCAUGCUAAUUAGCAUGCUAAAAUGAGAUCGCACGUGGUUUGAGUUGAACAUCGAGUUGCAUCUUCACAGCGUGGAUUAAAAGUGUAUGUUGUGUAGUGGAAGUUAUGUUAUGUUUUGUUAUCUUUUGUUUUCUUGAGUUUAAUCCUUUAAUAAUGGAUUGUUGGAAUAGUGUUUCACUUUAAUAGCGUUUUCUCGUUCAUGAAAAGUGUACGUCACUGAUUGUUAUCUAAAGGAUAAUUCACUAUGUAUUCAGAUAAUACAAAAUGAAUUUAGUUAUUAUAGGAGAAUUGAUUUGUAUUAUUGAUUAAGAACAUAUUACUGUGAUUCAAUGUACUCAUCCAUUCGUUGAUUCAGUUCUGUUAUUAAGUAAUCUAUGCUGUUGAAUGAAAGAUAUUGUCAUUACCAAUACAGAUUGACACAGAGACAGCAGCACGAGUCUUCGCCCUUUACUUAUUUAUGAACAUUUCUCCCCUUUAUCAGGGGUGUAACACUGGCAUGUUUUAAACCCAAUCCCUUCAGUCUGUGUCUAUUAAAAGCAAAUGAACAAUACAGCUUUAUUGUCCUCAGCCUUUUGGAAAUUACUUGGGUCCAUUGAAAACUGACGCGCUGGUUCCUCAGUAUGUCUUUAUGUUUCACUCUCCUCUUUAAUAAACACUGUGUU